AGGAACUUAAAAUACAUCACAGAAGAAGACAUGCCGACCGGUGACAAGUCAGAUCAUGGUCAGAGUACACAGCUUGUGUACUACGCACAAUAAUAUUUUGUAGUAAUGUAAAGCUGGCCGACUUUGAAAGCUCAGUUUUCCCCCCCAAAAAUAGCUCAGCCAUGUCCGGAGCGUUAGCAAGGCUGCUUUUCUACCCGACGUUGGCCUACAAUGUUGUCCUGGAGAAGGUGACUUCCAGACGGUGGUUUGACCGAGUGGACGAGACUGUGAUCCUCGGAGCGCUGCCCUUCAGAUCCAUGACCAAACAGCUGGUAGAAGCAGAAAAUGUUCGAGGGGUUAUCACCAUGAAUGAAGGGUAUGAGACCAAAUAUUUCUGCAACUCUGCUGAGGAGUGGCGGGCUGCAGGGGUGGAGCAGCUGAGGUUGAGCACCAUUGACCUCAUCGGCGUUCCCAGCCUGGAGAACCUGCACCGAGGCGUGGAGUUUGUCCUGCAGCACCGAGAGCAGGGAACCAGCGUGUACGUCCACUGCAAGGCCGGACGCUCCCGCAGCGCCACGCUGGCUGCUGCAUACCUCAUUCGGUUACACUGCUGGACUCCAGAGGAAGCCUGUCAGAAGCUGGCGACCGUUCGACCGCACAUCCUGGUGCGCUCCGCUCAGCUGGACAUGCUGAGGAAAUACUACCAGCAGGUGUGUGGACAGUCCAGCUGAGAGAGCAGGGCGGCGGGUCGGACCUCAUUAUGUUCCUGCAGCAGCUGGAAGACUGGACUCAGAGCCCUGUGCAAUCCUCUACAUCUGAAUGUAUACCCACGGAAGAAAAUGCCAAACUACUUGUUUUUCCCUCUACGUUUUUAAAUCAAAUUCUCAUGCUGGAAAAUUACAAAGUUUGAGUAGUUAAUUCACAAAAUAUUAGUAAGCAAAAAUGGCCACUUCAAGUAAUAUUAUCAUGGAUCUUUUUUAUAACCCUUAUUACAUAAAACCUGAAACGUAUUUCCUGUAACUCCCUGACUACCUGACUUCCUGCUUGUGGCUGAAACAUAUUCAUUUUAUAUCUGGAUUUUUUUGAAGUUCAGAAUUAUGUAAAAAAAGAAAUGCAAACUAAAAUAUCUGAACAUUCCCUUGUCUGGUUUUCUUAACCCGUCAUGCUGUUUCAGCCAAAAGCACUUUCAAAUUCCCCAAGCAAGACAACAUAGCAAUACUUUUUGUUUGUGACCAUAAUAAUAAAAGCACUCCACUUAAUCAAA